GCAAACGCGCCUCCUGUCAAUUUCACACCGGUUGACGCAGUUCAGCAGUUUGGCGGCGGGACGUGAACGAAACGAGCUUCACACGGUACACCCCUGGGAAGUGCAGUAGGCGCAAUCCUCUCGGCAAACGGAAUGAACCACUCAACUCCAGAAUGGACGUCACGCGCAGAGAAUCCUUGGGGAGCACUGGCCAAGCCGGCGUUCACCUAUAAGGAUACCGAAACUUACAUCGCGAUCACUGUCUUCGUCCUUGUCUGGCUGCUGGUCGCUCGGAAAUGGACUUUGUUUCCUGUAGGGAGGACGGCUGCCUCCCUGCUAGGCGCGGCCGUGCUAGUGCUCACAGGAGUGUUGAAGCCACAAGAAGCUUAUUCAUAUGUGUCCGGAAACACCCUCCUGCUACUUACGGGGCUAAUGAUUAUAUUGGCUAAGCUGGAAGAGAAGGGGGCGAUGACGUUCUUGAUGCGCCUGCUCUUGUGGAAUAACCCCUCACCCGUAAUGCUCCUUAUCCGAGUGUCUCUCCUGUCUACCUUUUUGGGUGCCACAAUCAUGAACGAUGGCUCUGCCAUCCUGCUCUCACCUCUUAUCACAACCAUUUGCGAACACGGCGGGCUUCCGAUAGAGGGAUUCGCGAUGGCGAUUGCCACAUCGUCGAACCUGGGGUCUGCCGCCACCAUCAUCGGAAAUCCCAAAAACAUGAUUGUGCAUGAUGCAAUGCCAGACAUCGACUUUUGGACCUUUUUCAAGCGCAUGGGAGCUGUCGGUAUCGUGACGGCCUUGACGAAUACGUUCUUGCUUGUCAUGUUCUACAAAAGUACAAUGAAAGGAAAGAAAAUGAAGCCGUUAGCGAUGCUGUUGAAUGGAUCUCGGAAUACUGGCGGCGACGAUGAUGAAGACCAAAGCGCGUUAUUUGGAGAUGGGGACGACGCGACGACUGUGUCGGGCACAGAUGCACGAAGCUCAGACGUGAGUGACGACGAGGGCCAGGCGCUUCUGGACGAAGACGGGGAUGAGGAGGAUGAGGACGUGGAAACGCUGUUGAAAAAACCGCUACUCUCCGCUGCGCAACGUUCAAUCGGAGAGCCAGAUGAUGCGAUCGUAGUCGAUAUACCGAGACAUGUGUUUGCAAAGGGAGAAAAUCGCAUCGGCAGACUGUCAGCGGAAGAGGAGCGUCUGAGGCAUCGCAGAUCCCGCCCUAAAAGCAUCGAGCAACAUACCAAUGGAGUUAUCGACGGACCGUUGCCGUGGCUUGUCCCGCCGGUGUCACCGGAAUUCCCGACGCCGAUGCAUGCUACACCCGCGUAUGUCUUCAAGCACCGUAAGCCGCUCAAUCUGAUUGAUAUUGUUGAGAGCUUACCGCCAGCCUCGCCAUACCCAACAACACUACCCACUCUCCUCCGAUUCAAGCUCGGGCUCUUCCUCGCCAGGGUGUCAUGGGACGGGGUCUCAACCGGCCUGUACAUCGCCGUACUAUUUGGCAUGUACAUGCUCUUCUUCCUCCAUUUCAGCCUAGGGUUCAGCUGCCUCGCCGGCGCUAUGGCCCUGUUGGCGAUCGACUCGACGAUGGCCCGUAUCAGCAGCAAAUACAAAGUCUCGUCAACUAGCGAGCUCGCCACACCUGGCGCCGUGCUGAAACCCAAGCUGGCCGUCGAUCCCACGUCGAUCAUAUCGCAGGCGGUGAAUUGGGGCCUCAUUUGUUACCUCUUUGGGAUAUUCAUCAUUCUGGGAGGGAUCCAGAAGACGCCGCUUCCGAAUACGUUGUUCUCUUUCUUCGCGCCGUUGUUUUCGCAUUCGGACGGAUCGCCGCCACCGUCGCUUGCCUUUACGACAAUAGUGUUUGCAGUCCUUUGCAUCAUCGUUUGCCUAAUCUUCACUUCCAUUCCUUCCGUGCUCCUCCUCGGACCCCAUAUCCACACCAUCGCCAGGCACAACCCUCAGUUCGACAGCAUCGGAUGGUUCGUGCUUGCCUGGUGCGUCACAGCGUGUGGAUGUCUGUUACCAUUCGGGAGUGUCUCGGGCUUGAUUGUCGCUGAGGUGUGCAGAUCUGACGGGGACGAGAAAGCCACGAAAAAGGGAGACCGGUAUAUCGGGCGUAUUGGGGUGUGGAUGGAGUAUUGCGCGUGGGCGGUCGUAGCGCUUACUGCCUUGGGUUUGGGAGUCUUGUUGCUUACGAGUCAGUGAGAAGCCUUUGUACAUAUCGUAUCAUAAGUAGCAUCGCAUCAUCCUACACGGGUGGGUCUGUGUAUAUAGAAAUCCUGCCUCACCAAUCGGUCAGCGUAUGCACAUGGCAUAGUAGAUUACAUUCCUUCCUUGGCGGGAGCCUCAUUCAGGGGGCCCUUGAUGAUGCAAGAGUGCAAGUUCCUCGACUUCUUCAUUUAUGUCGCCAAUCGACUGUGGAACGACACUAAACAAGGAAUUGUGUGAUCUUAUGAAAUGU